CCUGUUUUAUGCGCGCAUACUACCGGCUCCAGUGUUUAUUUGGGGAAGUGAAACGAACUACACAUAUGUGGAUCGUCGCCAUUAAUAGGGAUCUUAGCAAAACGUGAUAUGUUUUAGCCUUAUACGUUAUAUGUUUUAGUAUUUUUAAUGAACUCGGAUAUGGACGCGUACUGCAUGCGCUCCGAUCCGAUCCGGGAUGACAGUCUCGAGCGUUGGAGUAAGAUCGGAUCGGGUGGAUUCGGACAGAUCUACCGAGCAAGACACACCGAUUGGGGAAUAGAUGUUGCUGUCAAGGCAUUAUUAUGUGAAGGAUCUGUAUCUACUAUUCAGAGAGAAGCCAGUCUUAUGUUUCAGGGUGGGAACCCCAACGUCCUCAGAAUCUUUGGCUUGUACAAGGGCAACCUGGGCAUCAAAGAAAACCCAACUCAGUUUGGUCUGGUAAUGGAGUUCAUGGAGAGAGGGUCUAUAGCUGAUCUCCUGCAGAAUUUGGGUGGACCUCCAGCCUGGCCGCUCGCUUUCCGCCUCUCUCAUCAGAUUGGUUUGGGAAUGAACUUUCUGCAUCAUCUGUCGCCUUCUCUCUUACACCUUGACCUGAAGCCCAGUAACGUUCUGUUGGAUGACAGCCUCAAUGCCAAGCUUACAGAUUUUGGCUUGUCCCGUGCAGCUCGUAGUCUUUCUAAAAGUGCCUGUCAGCAAGAUGAGAUGGAGGGCGGGACCCUGAGCUACAUGCCUCCUGAAGCAUUGAAGUCUGUGAAUUAUAAACCAUCCAAAGCCUCUGAUGUUUACAGUUACGGUGUGCUGCUGUGGUCCAUCAUCACCGGGCAGGAACCUUACCAUAAUGUCCCCUCCAGUCUGGUGCGGUAUCGCAUCCCCGAAGGAGACCGACCCGAUCUGAACUUAAUCAACUGCAGUCAGGCAGAUGGGCUGGGUGAUAUUGUUAAACUCAUGGAAAGAUGUUGGGAGGAUGACCCCAGCCAAAGGUUAACCUUCAGAGAUUGCGUUGAUGUGACUGAAAAGAUCUAUGAGAAACACAAGCGUGGAGUGAUUGAGGCGGUCAAUGAAGUCUUGAAGCAACUGGAUAAUGACAUUUGUUCCAGUUUGAAAUCCAUCCAAAUCACCCCGAAACCACAGAAUGUGAUUCGUCCUCCGGUGUCUCACUGUGUCACAGGUCCUCCUCCUAAACAGGAAACUGCUGGUGAUCGCAACAGAGACUCCAGAGAAACAGAAUUAAGUUCUCAUCCUAUCCCUGCCAAUAAGAAAAUACCUCAGAGAACCACUCAGCGUCAAACAUCAACACCAGGGGGCGUUCGCAUCCACAUGUCUAAUGUUUCUGGAGUUCAGAUCGGCAACGGCAACUACAUGAAUAUAGUUCAGAGACAGAGACAGAGACAUAAGACGGCUCCACCAAGUGUCGACAGGACUUUAAGCAACUCAGAGAAAACUUCAUAACAGUAUUCAUACAGUAUGUUCUCCUCAGAAACUCUUCAUCUGUGCUUGUGCUUAGAUGUUUUUAAUUUUAAAGUAAAAAAACUGUGACAUCAGAUUGAGCUUUUCAUAAAGUAUGACUGUAAAGGGACAAAGACAGUCAAGAAAUGUCCCGAUCAUAUUUUACUCCUAUAAAAAGGCUUUUUGUACAUUUUGAUAUCAUUGAGAUUUUUUGUAUUGUAACAGUUCAUUUGAAUUAUAAUGAAUUUUCAUGAAAUGUGAAACAAAGUUUCAUUCUCAGACUUUUGCAGUAUGCUGUAUGUCCCGGUAUGAUUCCUGAAGAUUUAUUUUUUUACUCAUCUUUGUUUAUUUUAAAAGAAAAUUAUUGGCAUUGUGAUGGUACUGCAUGGUGUUUGUGUGCGUGUGUGGUCAGCAGGGAUCUGGCAUUCCAAAUCCAAACGUUCCAUCUGUUAUCCCGGAACCUAAUGAACAAAGAUCCGCAUCAUCAGCACUGUGUCCACGCGCAUCCAUUUUAAUAAUAGACACUGAUGGUAACCACAUAUACACAGCUCUGUAAACGGUAGCAUUAUCUGAAGCCAUCAUCAGAUCUUUAAUGUAUAGUUCACCAAAAAAUGUCAUCAUUUUCUCAACCUCAAGUUGUUCUAAACCUUUUGUGAUGAACACAAAAGAAGAUCAUUUAAUACAGGAUGAUAAGCACACAGUUGAUGGUACCCAUUGAAUUCCAUCGUAUUUGUUUUUUCUACUGUGGAAGUCAGUGGUUACACUCAGCUGUGUGCCUACCAGGGCUUUGAACCAGAUUUUUUUUCCAAUGGGUUCGUUCCAAACAGAAACAGUAUUUUUACAUUUUCGGUUUAACUCUAAAAUUGACAUUCCUGAACCGGUUAGAACAAAAAAAGAAAGUUCCCCAACCAGUUAAUAACGUUCCAUGUCAAUGUUUUUAUUAGAAAAAGAUGUGUCCUGUCAAAAACAAAAAGAUUGUUCACUUGCUUUUUGAAACGCGUCUCUCCGUGUAUGCACUUUUGAGUGCACUUAAACAAUUGCACACACACAGACGGAGGACGAAUUCCAAACUGUGCUUCAGGAAGAAGAUGACGCAUAAACAGUCGCUUCACAUAAAGUGAAAAUUUUGUGUUUGUCAGUGCUUUAUUCGCCAAAUGUAUUUUAAUGGACUACAGUAUCAGACACAGUAGCGCAACUUUCUCUAAAGUUUAUACAUCAAGAGUUCUGAUCUUUGAAGGGUAUAGGGAGAACUACAUUUGAUUGGAGUUGGACCGGACACAUUUAACCGCAUGUGCAUCUGUGCGUACAGAAAUUUGCUCACUUUAGUGCCUUUUUGUGGUUAAAUUGUUUAAAAUCACUUAAGUAUCAACAUUUGCAAGCCUUUGCCUAUUAUUCUGCGAAACGCAUGCGAGCAGAACCGUGGGUCGUCAACUGUACGGAUCAAGGAUCAACUGCGAUCCGUUACACCACUUAUUUGUAUUAAAAAAACAAACAUCUUGAGAUACUUGGUAGCCUACAAUAUUUACCUCUCACGGUACAUUCACACGGGGCGUCAGCGUUAACGCUUCCCAUUCACUUUCAAUGGGUGAUAUCAUGCGUUGCCGAACUGAAUUGUGGAUCCGUCGGCGUCGUGUCACUGCUGUUGCUCGCGGCAGAAGUUGAACAUUUCUCUACUUUUCAAGCAGCAAAGCGUGUGUCAGCCAAUCAGAUCGCCUUAUGCAAAUAACCUAGACUGAGCCAGCCAAUUACACUUAUGGAAGACCGAAGCAUGUAUUGCGGUCACUGUGAUUGGCUGUUGGCAACGCUUCAGAAAGGCCUUCCGUUAAGCGUUAACGCUUUCGCCCCGUGUGAUUGAGCAUUACAGACUUGGGCUUGAGUAGGAUACUUGCUGGUGGUAAGCUUAUCAUUUCUCCGAUAAGUCAACGACGGCCAUGAACUUCACAGAGUCCUAUUGCACAGAAAUCUUGUCAAAGAACAGACAAAAUAACGGUAUUAACCGUAGGGGUGUGACGGUCAUUAUAUAACCGUGAGACCGACGGUUAUAGUUGAACACCGUCAUUAGAACUCUAUAACCGCCAAAACCGUGUUAUUAAAAUAAAAUUAAAUUAUUAAAACAUUUUUUAUCAUAAAGAAUUUUUAAAUACUAAUUAAAAACAAUUGUUAACAGUCUGUGUUAUACGCCCCCUCACAUUCUCACGCAGUGAAAAAUACAGAGCAGAGCAGACACUGACAACGCGCUGACAUACAGGACAAACCAGGUUGCUUUUCGGUUACUUUUGAGAUUAAACAUAUUAAACAAAGUCUCACCUUUGAAAUCAUCUCUUCCUUCUAGUUAAUUUAUAGCAUCAAAUAAACAUGAAUGACCAUGAGAAGGAAUGUUGUUUUAACCGCGGAAAGGCGUCAGUACACUCCGCUUUUCAAGUCCAAAUCCUCCCAUG